UGCGGAGAGCGGAGGCAGCGGGAGCCAGCGCGGCCGCCCCGUCCCGUCCCGUUCGGUCCCGUUCACCCCCCGUCCCUCCCGCCGCCGCCAUGGGCCUCACGGUCUCCGCCAUCUUCUCCCGCAUCUUCGGCAAGAAGCAGAUGCGGAUCCUGAUGGUGGGGCUGGACGCCGCCGGCAAGACCACGAUCCUCUAUAAACUGAAGCUGGGUGAGAUCGUCACCACCAUCCCCACCAUCGGGUUCAACGUGGAGACAGUGGAAUACAAGAACAUUUGCUUCACCGUCUGGGACGUCGGUGGCCAGGACAAAAUCCGGCCCCUCUGGAGGCACUACUUCCAGAAUACACAGGGUCUCAUCUUCGUGGUGGACAGCAAUGACCGGGAGCGAGUGCAGGAGUCUGCUGAGGAGCUGCAGAAGAUGCUGCAGGAGGAUGAGCUGCGGGAUGCCGUCUUGCUGGUGUUUGCCAACAAGCAGGACAUGCCCAACGCCAUGGCCGUGAGCGAGCUGACCGACAAGCUGGGGCUGCAGGCGCUGCGCAGCAGGACCUGGUACGUGCAGGCCACGUGUGCCACCCAGGGCACGGGGCUUUACGAUGGGCUGGACUGGCUCUCGCACGAGCUCUCCAAGCGCUAGCAGGGCCGGCGACACAGGGACCGGAGGAGCUGGGGACGUCUCUUCCGAUGCUCUUUCCCUUGGUUUCCUUUGGGGUUUAUUAUUUGGGGGGGUUGUUUUUCCGUUCUCCCCAGAGUGGCCUCAUCUCUCUGUGUUUAUGGGGUAGGACUUGAAGCUCAAGGACUCUUGGGGCAGCCCCACGCGGUGAUGCUCUGCCCUGGCCCCGGCAGUGCUGUGUGCUGGCCGCCCUCCCCACCUGCAUGUGCUGUCUGUGAGAGCUUGCCCGCACCUACGGCGGUGAUGUGUCCCCAGGGGUCCCCGCGCCUCGCCCUGAGCUGGGGCUGGGGUCUCAGCGGGGCUGGAGGCAGCAGGAAGGAUCCUUCCUUUGGUAACUCCAGAGUUCUCUUUCUCCUGGGGAGGGCUGUGGCUGCAGAACGUGCUGUUGUACAUCGGUCAUUAAACACCACCACUUUGUA